AUGGCAGAAGAAGAAGCGCCUCCUGAGGUGCAUCAUUACAGCAGCCUUCAAGAGGUCCCAUGGGACAUCCAGAACUACUGGGCACAACGCUAUCAAAUAUUUUCCAAGUAUGACCAAGGUAUCUGGUUGACUGAUGAUGCUUGGUUUGGAGUCACACCCGAGCCUGUUGCCAACAAAAUCGCUGCCCAGAUGGCAGAUUCGGCACCUGCUGGGCGCAUGAUUCUGGUAGAUACGUUCGCUGGCGCAGGUGGGAACACAAUCGCAUUUGCAUUGACCGGCAAAUGGAAGCGCAUCUAUGCCAUUGAGAAGAAUCCUGCCGUGCUCAAGUGCGCAAAGCACAAUGCCAAAAUCUACGGGGUUCAGGACAGGAUCACUUGGUUCGAAGGCGACUGCUUUGAGAUUCUCAAAAAGGAGUUAAAAGACCUGGCACCUUACAGUGUCAUUUUUUCCAGCCCACCCUGGGGAGGCCCAGGAUAUCGCUCAGAUCAAGUGUUUAACAUGAAGACCAUGGAGCCAUACUCACUACAAAGACUGUACGAUGAAUACUCGGUCUUCAGCCAGCACAUGGUUCUCUUCAUCCCCAGGACAUCAAAUUUGAAGCAAAUAGCCAAGCUCAUUCCUGAGGGGAAACAGAAUAUGGUGAUGCACUAUUGUAUGGAGGGGGCAAGUAAGGCACUGUGCAUAUUCUACGGGGACUUUGACCAUACCGACACUCUGGCUCCAUCCAAACCGCCCACCAUGCCUCACGCAACCUCCAAGGCCGGGGAGGCCGAGGCUGACACCGACUUUGACGAUGUGAUGCGCCAGCUGAACAAUUUCGAGAGCAAUGCCAACAUGGACUUCUUGGACCGGGACCUGGACGUCGGGGAGAAAGCGGACGACGCCAUCGACUACGAGGACUUCGAGGAUGAUGACCUGCCAGAGGAAGAGAUGCUGGGAGCACCGGCUCCGGCCCUGCCUGCUGUGGAUGAUGGCGGUCAAGACCCUUUCGCGAACCUGGGCUCAGACGAUGCCGCACUAUUUGGAAACGGGGAUGAUCUUUUCGGCGACCAGGGUGAAGCGGCUCAGCCCCAGGACGACAACCUCGAUGACCUCUUCGGUGAAGGCUCGUUUUCGCCGCCUCCUGCUGGUCAGGAUGACCCUACCAAGGGCCUCUUCGAAGAUGAAGAAAUGCCUUUGACAGAACAACCCGUCGACCUCCCGCUUCUUCCACCGGCGCCUGAGCCACAGCCACAACCCAUACCGGCCGACGAGGAUGACUUCCCAGAUGAUGACAGUAUCAUGUCCGACAGUAUGAACCCCAAUGAACUUCGCGCAUGGAAACUCCAACAGGCUCUUUUCGCAAUGUCCGGCCCAGAAAACCCACCGGCGCCACCAGAGAACCACGAAGAACUACUGCACUCUCUGUUCCCUCAGUUUGACCGCAAUACUCUUCCACGUUGGUUGGAAUUGAUCCCGCACAAAAGGGCCAUAUUCUUUGGAAAACAACCCACCAAACCGCCCAAGCCCGUUCUUCCCACAAAGGUCAACAUCGAACUUGCGCCUGAUCAAGAGCGAACGUUCAGAACCGGCCAGCCCCUCAAGCGUGGCUUGGAUCACGAAUCGCUCGGCAUCGUAAUGAUCUCGCAAUCACCUCGCGAGGACGAGGAGGCGGACACAAACGAGGAUACCGAAUUGGGAGAUGGUGAUCUGGAUGACGACGAAACACUUCCUGGUGGCUUCACUAUGCAAGAUCUUCGUACCAUUUGCGUGAACUGGGACGUCAAAGAUGAUCUUUCCGUUACGGAUAUCGAUGAACAGCCCCAAUCGCAGAACAAGGACGGGCUUGCUGUUGACGAUGAUGAAGAUUGGCUCAUGGAAGCUGAGGCUCCCAAUAAAAAGCGGAAGACCGGACCAACCCCCAUGGAUGUCAUUGCGUUGUCACAUAUCGAUAUCCCGCUAUUGGAUGACCCUGAACAAGCAACGAUGAAGAUUGCUAAAAGAGUCACCAUCGAUCUCAACGACCCCAACAUUCUUGUGGAUGAAUCAAGAGCAGAUGCCAUCGCCAACAAGCCCAAACACGCCGCUCCUCGUACCAGGGACGAAGUGGACCUGAACCUGACCCGUCGUCUCACCCAGCGAUACAACAUCUCGAACGAUCAAGCAUACGACAUGCUCAAGCAGAACCACCAGAACAAGAUUCGUAGCACUCUUGGCAACGUGACACUCGAGCACGCUCUUCCAGCUCUACGUCUUCAGUGGCCUUACUACAAGACCGAGUUAGGCAAGUCCGAAGCGAGAUCUUUCCACCGACCCACCAUGUCAUUCCGCCCCGGACAAACUUCGUGGUUCAAGAAUCCUCUUCAUGUCAAGCGCAAGCAACUACGCGGACGGGACGCCAAGAGUGUCUAUGACUCUACUCAAUCCCUGUCGAUGGGAGACAACUCCCAUGUCUUGCUAGUGGAAUACUCGGAAGAGGUUCCCAUGACACUAGCAAACUUCGGAAUGUGCAACCGUUUCAUCAAUUACUACAGGCGCAAGAACAUUGACGAUCCUACUCGCCCAAGAGCAGAGAUUGGUGAAACAGCGGUUCUCCUGCCCCAAGACAAGAGUCCCUAUUCAAUUUUCGGCCACGUUGAUCCUGGCGAGAUCUCCCCGGCGAUAUCCAACUCCAUGUACCGGGCACCGCUGUAUCCUCACCAAAACAAGAGCACAGACUUCCUCGUGGUCCGCAGCACUACCGGUGUUGGCGGCAGUACUUAUUACCUGCGCAACAUCGAGAACUUCUUCGUUGCUGGACAGCAAUUCCCCUCUGUUGAUAUUCCUGGACCACAUUCACGCAAGGUGACUACUGUUGCAAAGAAUCGCAUGAAGAUGUUGGUAUACCGUUUGUUGAAGAAGAGUCCGGACGAACGACUUGCAAUCAGUGAUGUUACAGCCCAUAUCCCCAACACCACAGAUAUGCAAAACCGACAGAAAGUCAAAGAUUUCCUACAGCACGACAAAGACACUAAAUACUGGAAGCCGCUGGACCCGACCCUUCCAGACCAGGAUACCAUCCGGUCUUGGGUUCAGCCCGAGGAUGUUUGUCUUCUCGAGUCCAUGCAAGUUGGCCAGCAACACCUCCAUGACACUGGAUAUGGCAAUGACGCCGAGACUGGUGGUGACAACGAUGAAGAUGAAGAAUUCGAGAGCUUUGAACAGCAAAUGGCCCCCUGGAAAGCAACUCGCAAUUUCCUGCUGGCAUCCCAAGGAAAAGCUAUGCUGAAACUCCAUGGCGAAGGAGACCCCACUGGCCGCGGCGAGGGUUACAAUUUCAUCAAGACAAGCAUGAAGGGUGGAUUCAAGGCUAUUGGUGAAAGUGUUGAGGAUAAACUCGACGCACAGCGACUGAAAGAGCUCGGCGGCCACAGCUACAACGUUGCCCGACAGCAAAAGUCCUACGAAACCUCCAUUCGCCGUAUCUGGGAUGCCCAAAAGGAAAGCUUGUCCUCUACCAUCGAGCACUCAGACCAGGAGAGCGACAUAGACCAAGAAGACGAUUACCAAGAACAAUUCAACAAGCCGACGCCACGUUCCGAAGCCCCCACGCCAGGCCCAUACCGUCGCGAUGACGAGACAACCAGUCAAUUCAGUAAGAUGAGUUUCAACAGCCAGCGCGGCAAAGUAUUGCGCAUCACCCGCCAAGUCAAGCUCGACAAUGGCGAAAUCGUGGAAAAAGAACAGCUGGUCUGGGAUCCCCGUGUCAUCAGACAAUACAUCCAACAUCGACACACCCACGAAGCCAUGCACACAAAACUGGAAUCACUCCAGCCAACCGGCGACGCCGAAGUCGACGCCCGCAACAGAAAACUCAUCGAGGCCGAACUCAGUCGUCUCAACCGCAACAAGGAGCGCCGCUUUGCCCGAGAGAAGCAGAAGGGUAUUCCUCGUGCCGGCGAUCCAGAUGGCAAGCCUGCCGGUACUCAGCGCAAAUGUGCCAACUGUGGCCAAGUGGGACAUAUCAAGACCAACAAGAAGCUUUGUCCUUUGCUGAACGGCACUAUGAAACCCGAGGAUCGUGUCACGGACUCGGCGUUCUCUAUGAGCGCCCCAGUUCUGUGA